AUGGGAAAGCAAAACAGCAAACUACGCCCUGAAGUGAUGCAAGACUUGCUAGAAAGCACAGACUUUACAGAGCACGAGAUCCAGGAGUGGUACAAAGGCUUCUUGAGAGACUGUCCGAGUGGGCACCUAUCUAUGGAGGAGUUUAAAAAAAUCUACGGGAACUUUUUCCCUUACGGGGACGCUUCCAAGUUCGCGGAGCACGUCUUCCGCACCUUCGACGCCAACGGCGACGGCACGAUAGACUUCAGAGAGUUCAUCAUCGCCCUCAGCGUCACCUCCAGGGGCAAACUGGAGCAGAAGCUGAAGUGGGCCUUCAGCAUGUACGACCUGGACGGGAACGGCUACAUCAGUAAGUCCGAGAUGCUGGAAAUCGUGCAGGCAAUCUAUAAGAUGGUUUCUUCUGUAAUGAAGAUGCCAGAAGAUGAGUCGACACCAGAGAAGAGGACAGAGAAGAUCUUCCGCCAGAUGGACACCAACCGUGAUGGCAAACUCUCUCUGGAAGAGUUCAUCCGCGGCGCCAAGAGCGACCCCUCCAUAGUGCGACUCCUGCAGUGUGACCCCAGCAGCGCCGGGCAGUUCUGA